UUGACCCCGGAAGUCCGGGCGGGCGCCGAGCCGGGUGCGUUUUGCCACAGAGCCGUAAAGGCGCGCGGGAACAUGGGGCUGUACGCUGCAGCUGCAGGCGUGCUGGCCGGCGUGGAGAGCCGCCAGGGCUCUAUCAAGGGGCUGGUGUACUCCAGCAACUUCCAGAACGUGAAGCAGCUGUACGCGCUGGUGUGCGAAACGCAGCGCUACUCCGCCGUGCUGGAUGCUGUGAUCGCCAGCGCCGGCCUCCUCCGUGCGGAGAAGAAGCUGCGGCCGCACCUGGCCAAGGUGCUAGUGUAUGAGUUGUUGUUGGGAAAGGGCUUUCGAGGGGGUGGGGGCCGAUGGAAGGCUCUGUUGGGCCGGCACCAGGCGAGGCUCAAGGCUGAGUUGGCUCGGCUCAAGGUUCAUCGGGGUGUGAGCCGGAAUGAGGACCUGUUGGAAGUGGGAUCCAGGCCUGGUCCAGCCUCCCAGCUGCCUCGAUUUGUGCGUGUGAACACUCUCAAGACCUGCUCCGAUGAUGUAGUUGAUUAUUUCAAGAGACAAGGUUUCUCCUAUCAGGGUCGGGCUUCCAGCCUCGAUGACUUACGAGCCCUCAAGGGGAAGCAUUUUCUCCUGGACUCCUUGAUGCCGGAGCUGCUGGUGUUUCCCGCCCAGACAGAUCUGCAUGAACACCCACUGUACCGGGCCGGACACCUCAUUCUGCAGGACAGGGCCAGCUGUCUCCCAGCCAUGCUGCUGGACCCCCCGCCAGGCUCCCAUGUCAUCGAUGCCUGUGCCGCCCCAGGCAAUAAGACCAGUCACUUGGCUGCUCUUCUGAAGAACCAAGGGAAGAUCUUUGCCUUUGACCUGGAUGCCAAGCGGCUGGCAUCCAUGGCCACGCUGCUGGCCCGGGCUGGCGUCUCUUGCUGUGAGCUGGCUGAGGAGGACUUCCUGGCGGUCUCCCCCUCGGAUCCGCGCUACCGUGAGGUCCACUACAUCCUGCUGGAUCCUUCCUGCAGUGGCUCGGGUAUGCCGAGCAGACAGCUGGAGGAGCCCGGGGCAGGCACACCUAGCCCGGUGCGUCUGCAUGCCCUGGCAGGGUUCCAGCAGCGAGCCCUGUGCCACGCGCUCACUUUCCCUUCCCUGCAGCGGCUCGUCUACUCCACGUGCUCCCUCUGCCAGGAGGAGAAUGAAGACGUGGUGCGAGAUGCGCUGCAGCAGAACCCGGGCGCCUUCAGGCUAGCUCCUGCCCUGCCUGCCUGGCCCCACCGAGGCCUGAGCACGUUCCCGGGUGCCGAGCACUGCCUCCGGGCCUCCCCUGAGACCACGCUCAGCGGUGGCUUCUUCGUUGCUGUAAUUGAACGGGUCGAGGUGCCGAGAUUUUCUCUACUUCACGAAGCAAACAGAAGCCAUGGAUCUACACUCAUCUUCCACACGGGAGGAACCAUCACUGCAUCCUUCUGCCUGAUUCUGCAAUGGUUUUCCUGAACACUUAAGACCCAAACACCCAACCCUGGCCACAAACAAUCCUUGCCUCUUGGCCUCCUUCCACACCACUGCUUUAGCUCCUGCCCUCCUGCCAUGCUUGUCUUUGUUCUGCUCUUCAACAUACCAAACAUGUUUCUGCCUCUAGGCCUUUGCAUGCGCCAUCCUGGGCCUGAAAGGCAUGUCCACUUGUGCUGUGCCCACCCCCACCCCACCCCCAUAUUCAGCUUACGGUUUGUUUUUUUGAGACAGAGUCUUGCUCUGUCACCCAGGCCAGAGUACAGUGGCAUGAUCUUGGCUCACUGCAACCUCCAACUCCUGGGUUCAAACAAUUCUUGUGCCUCAGCCUCCCGAGUAGCUGGGAUUACAGGUGGGUACCACCAUGCCCGGCUAAUUUUUUGGUAUUUUUAGUAGAAACAGGGUUUCGCCAAGUUGUCCAGGCUGGUCUUGAACUCCUGGCCUCAAGUGAUCCACCCUCCUUGGCCUCCCAAAAUAUUGGGAUUACAAGCGUGAGCCACUACGCCCAACCUUCAGCUUACAAUUGUUACCUACUCAGAAGGCCUUUGACCAGUUAAAUCCACAAUGGCUCCUCCAGUCAUUACUACAUUAGCAAAACAUGUAUCGUGCCCUGGCAUCUCACUGAGUUCUAUAUUCAGUGCCUGUCUCUUCACUGCCACAGCAUAAGCUCCCCGAGAACACAGGCUUCGCAGGCACAGCUUUUCAGUGUCCGGCCCGGUAGCCCAAGUCCACGCCCCUCCUUACCUCCAAACACAGGUUUGCUCUCAGGUGUGCUGCCCACGUUGAAGGCAAACGGUGUGCUCUGGCCGGUGGUGCCCAGGGCGUUCUGACCUAAGCCCCCUGCGAAGGGGGUGGAGGUGGCUGUGCUCCCACUCUGUCCUGCUCCAAAGCUGAAAGCUCCGGCGGUGGUGCUGGAGCCUGGGGUGGCCACAUUGAUCCCAAAGCUCCCACUGCCAGCGGGGGCUGCCGAACCCCCAAACGUGAAGGGUGAUGGUGUUGUGCUGCCAAACACUGAGCUGCUGCUCCCGCUGCUGGCGGUCUGGGUGGUGGCUCCAAAGCCGGAGCUGGUGGCUGCACCGAAGGGGAAGACAGCAGUGGAGCCACCAAAGGCGGGCUGUGAGCUGGCGGGAGCGCCGAAGGCCGAAGCCGUGGCUUUCAACCCAAACGCCGAGUGCGUGGCACCACCAAAGAUAGGGUGGAUGGGCGUAGGCACGUACGCAGGCACGACCUUGAUCAUGGACACAAGUGCAGGUGUGGGUGCAGCAGCCGGGGCUGCAGAGUUUCCAAAAGUGAAAGAGCUGCCAAAGCUGGGGGCAAGGGCCGGCUUGGCGGCCCCUGGUGGCUGCCCCUCAGCAGCCCCAAAUGUGGGCUGGGGGUUGGCUCCCGGAUAUGAUGGGAGCAGGGACUUGGCGCUUGAGCCAAAGGGAAUGUUGAACGUGGGGGUGCUCGUGUUACUGCUGGUGGCCGGGGCGGAGGUGGUGAGGGUGCUGCCAAAACCGCUAAAGCCGGCAGCGCCGCUGCUGGUGGCCGUUGGCACGGCAGUGGGCAGGGACUGGCUGAAGGUGGUGACUGUGGUGGUUGUGGGCAGGGCAGGAGGUUUGCCAAAUUGGAAUAUGGAGCCCAUGGCCGGGAUGAAGCUGGCAGCAGAGGCCUGGGGCGCCCCAAAGAGGAAAGGCUGUGAGGCGGCAGUGGCGGUGCUGGUCGUGGUACUCACACUGCUGCUGCUCACACUGUUUAUGCCAAAGCCAAACGCAGGCUUUGAAGCAGAGUCUGUGGAUGGACUGGCAGAGGUGAUGGGAGCCACAGCAGAGGUGGCGCUGGCCAGGCCAGUGAAGAGCGGGGCAGUUGUGGUGGGAGCAGUGGUGGGAGUAGUUGUCUGCUUGAAGAAGGGAGCAGGCAAGGGCACAGAUGCAGGUGGCCCCAUGCUGCUAAAGACAGGCUGGAAGGUCGGGGCUGUGGUGCUGGUGGUCGUGGGGAGGGAGGAGCUGGAGGGCGCUGUGGCUGUGACUGAAGGGCCAGGCGGUGUGAGGCCUUCCUUCUCACUCUUGGGUGGGGCCGUGAAAAUGGGCUUGAACAUGGGAGAUGCUGAAGAUGCAGCAGGGGCGGCAGGGCUGGAAGGUGAGGUGUUCUGUGUUCCAAACAGGAAGCUUUGCUUGGGGGCGGGGGACGGGGCAGAUGUGGCUUGGGGUUUGGUAGCCGUCUCUGCCUGAAGGGGUUUGGUAGCCGUCUCUGCCUGAAGGGUUGGAGGUGCCUUGGUGUCAGUGGCUGGUACCGUGGAUGGAGCAGGGAUCAGCCCCAGCAAAGUGGUCAGGGGUUUGGAGUCUAAGGAGGGGCUGGGGAGUGGCCCUGGCGGCCCUGACUGUGAUAAACCCAGCGGGGGUAGGAGGCUGGGUGUCUUUGGAGGUGAGAGGGCCUCAGUGGUUGCUGCUCCAGCAGAUUCUGGAAGAAGAAUAGAAAAUGUGAAAUUGGAAUAAACACUUCAAAGAUGA